UAUUAUUUAUUCCUGUGGUAUAUUUGGCGUGUCAUUAUUACGUGCACAAUGGACUAUAUGGACGAUUAUACCAUAAAAUACCAGGACCGUCAGGUUAUCCAAUUAUUGGUAAUUUAUUUUUAGCGCUAUGUUCACGAGAGAAAAUCUGGAAAAAUUUAAUUACUUUAUCUACUCAAUAUUAUCCUAUUUUAAAGCGUGGAUGUUUCUUUAUUGUCUUGUAUCUAUUCGACAUCCUGAUGACUUGGAGGUAAUACUAAGUAGUACAAAAGACAUCGAUAAGAGUCGAUUGUAUGAGGUAUUACAUCCUUGGUUAGGAAUGGGUCUUCUUACUAGUGGAGGCUCCAAGUGGCAUUCACGGCGAAAGAUAUUAACUCCUACAUUCCAUUUUAAUAUAUUAAAGCAAUUUGUCGAAAUUUUAGUCGAAGAGGGCGAAAGUAUGACAAGAUCAUUGAAAAAUGCGGGAGGCAUUGUUACAAAAGAUUUAGUACCGUUUAUUAGUGAACAUACAUUGAACGCAAUAUGUGAAACUGCCAUGGGCACUUCUCUGCAAGGAAUGGGUGCAUUUCAGCAACAGUAUCGAAAAGCGGUUUACAGAAUGGGAGAACUUUGUGCUCAUAG